CUUACUUUAUUUUCUUUUAGACAGUGAACCUUGAGCUAAAGGGAUUCUAUGAUGAGAUUGUUCAUGACAUGGAAGAAAUAUUACUUGAUUCAAGUGAAUCUUCAGGAUUUGCUCUAGGUAACAGGAUAUAUCAGUCCUAUAUACCUCUUCUUUCAAGAGAUGGUGGUUCUACUGCUUCAACUUCUGGCACAGAUGAUGUUUAUCCUGUUAUUCAGCACCCACGGAGGAUUAGUUGGACUGAAGUCAUUGGAGCAAGGCAGAUAAACGGGAAUGUUUCCCUUAGUGAGCGUAUGCUUGGAGUAAAAGAAUACACCGUUUAUAAAAUAAGGGUUUGGAGUGGAGAGGAAAAAUGGGAUGUUGAACGGCGGUUUCGUGAUUUUUUGAACCUUUAUCGUAGUCUGAAGAAGACAUUUGCAGAUCAAGGCUUGAUUCUUUCUUCUCCCUGGUCCUCUAUUGAACUAGAACCACUAAAUAUUUUCCGUAGUUCUUCCCCAGAUGUCAUUGCUGAGAGAAGUGUUCUCAUUCAAGCGUGUUUACAAUCAGUUCUUCACACAGAAUUUCUUUCUGCUCCUCUGAAUGCUCUGUUUUGUUUCUUGUCCCCAUCACAGGAUAUUUCUGAUCUGCUCCCAUCCAAUACAAACAUACCUAAGUCUCUUCGUUCAACUUUUGGGAAAACUAUAUCACUUAUUGUUCAAAACAGGCCGUUUAAAUCUGUGAAACAGUUGUUGGAUGAACAACAUUACAGUUGCGCGGGCUGCCACAUGAACUUUGGUGUUGGAAAGAGUCGAAUACAGGAAUUUGUACAGACACUAGGGUGGGGCCGGCCUCGUCUGUGUGAAUACAGUGGUCACUUGUAUUGUUCUUCGUGUCACACUAAUGAAACGGCGGUCUUACCAGCAAGAGUUCUGCACUACUGGGAUUUCAAUUACUAUUCAGUUUCUCAGAUGGCUAAAUCUUAUCUGGAGUCUAUUCAUGACCAGCCAAUGCUUUGUGUGAGUGCUGUAAAUCCUGUGCUGUUCUCAAAGGUUCCAACUCUGCAACACGUGACGAAUAUGAGAAGAAGAAUAGGUGUGAUGCUUCCAUUUGUCCGUUGUAACUUCCGUGCCUCUAUAUUCAAAGCGGUUGGUUCUCGCAGAUAUCUUCUUGAAGGCAGUGACUUCUUUGCACUUAGAGACCUUAUUGAUCUCUCUAAGGGUGUUUUUGCUGCACUGCCUGUGAUGGUAGAGACUAUUUCAAGAAAAAUAACAGAGCAUAUUGCUGAACAAUGCCUCAUAUGUUGUGAUGUGGGUAUCCCCUGUAAUGCUCGGCAGCACUGUGAGGACUUGUCUUCUCUCAUUUUCCCUUUCCAGGAAGGAGAGAUAGAAAGGUGCAAAUCUUGCAAGACGGCUUUCCAUAGAAAUUGCUUCAAAAAGAUAUCAGAUUGUCCUUGUGGCGUUCAACUGAAGCCGAAACCAGAGAGGAACUCGGGCAUUGUACAUGACAAUGGGAGUAAGCGCUUUCUCUCUGCAUUAUUCCCAAAGGUAAAGCCAUCAAAGUCUUCUUCCCAUAGUAGUAGAGAACAAGAUAAUGUUAUCUUGAUGGGUUCAUUACCAAGCAACACCCUCUGAAUGCCUCUCUGUUCAUUGUCUAUUUUGCACGGAUUCUUCCCCCCUUCCUGUCCCCGAAAUGUCCCUGUUUGGGGUACUUGGAAGCAUCCCACCACCCAAAUCCUCUGUAAAAUUCCGAAAAGAAAAGUUCCUCCGAGACGCUACUCGUGAGUGGGAUGCAUGGGGUUUGUUUGUGGGGAAAUGACUAAAUUAGGAGUAAAACAUGGAGAAAGUACUAAGAUGGAGCUCUAUGUUUUUUAUCCCCAAAAUAGGAGUACAGUGCCAAUAUAUAAUACCAAAAGGUACAGCGGGAUGCUAUUAUACAAUAUCAUAAUAGGAGUACAAUGUCAAUGAUGCCAAUAUAUAGUACCAAAAAAUACAGUGGCAUGACAUUAUACAGUGUCAUAACAGUGCAAAAUCUUAUUUUGAGGAUAAAAACAUUUAACUCUUAUUUUGAGGAUAAAUGAUACGGAGUAUGUUUUACUCCUAUUUGGGGUGAUUUCUUUUGUUUUUGGGUUGGUUUACCCCUUAGUGAUUGUUUGCUUGUAGCAUUGUGUAUUGUUUUUUUUGGGGGGUGGCUUGUCUUGGCAUUUUUGAUAGCUCCAUACAUAUUAUUUGGGGCUGAUGCCAUAUAAAAAACUUUACAUGUUUUGGCUUUUGUUUUCUUGGCCAUUUGUAUUCUUUUGUAAAGAAAAAACAUUUCAGUGCAGUGAUUGUAAAAAUGAACACACGUGAAACUUUAAUAAAUGGUUUGUUAGUCU